AUGGUGCAUCUGGCACAUCAUGAAGAAGAUCCCAACCACAAAUUAAACGGGUACAAGCGACAUGAUGAAAUCGAACAAGAGAUGAGCCAUGUCGUUUGGAACUCGUACACAAAAGACAUAUUUGACAAAAACUGGAACGAUUUCCUCACAAAGUACGGCCUCAGAGGCAACAAGUGGCUCUCAGUUUACCUGGAUCACCACUUCUGGGCUGGGAUGAGAAGCACACAAAGGAGUGAGAGCAUGUACGUAUUUUUUAACAAGUUCAUCACACGCAACAGCUCCCUGAGAAAAUUCGUGAAGCGAUACGACAAUUGCCUAGCAAGCAGAGAGCAAAGUGAGAGAGAAUUCGAUGCUGCAGAUUUUCACACCGUGAUACUGUGGGCAACAAAAUCAGCAAUAGAGGCUCAGUUUCAGCAUGUGUAUACCCACGAGAAGUUCAGGAAAGUUCAAGCACAAUUCAGAGGUAAAGUGAACUGCAUCACAAGAUCAAUGCAUUCCACCCUAGGUUUCAUAACAUAUGAAGGCGUAGAACGGGUUUCCAACUCCACAUUCAAGAAGUUUUUUGUCACCUACGACGCAGUAUCACGAGAGGUAAUGUGCCAGUGCUUGCUGUUCGAGUCAAUGGGCAUAUUGUGCCGCCAUUCCCUGAGUGUUCUAAGCUUCGAGCGAGUGGAUAACGUGGCAUCGAAAUACAUACUGAAAGAGGAGGCACACACACAUCAAGAGCAGCCAUGA